UGCUUUUGGAAUUAUUCAUUUUUCGACUUACAAGUUAUUUUCUCUUGAUUUGUAUUCAUUUCUUGUUUACCUGGAAUUUCCAAAUGUCAAUUAUUGCAUUCUUAGAGAGAGAUGAAAUGUUUAUCUUUUAAGUGAUUCCCCGAUAAGCAUUCUUGCUUUUAUCUUUUAUCGUGAUGUAUAACCAUCAUUGAAUUUUAUAUAUGAAAUUAUUAAAAUAUAGAAGAAAACUACUAUGUGAAAAUGGGUACAUGUCAAAUGAUAUGGUGCUAAUGAAAUUUUUAAUUGUAAGUGACGUUGUGGCAAUCUAAGAGAUGAUAAGUUAAUGAUGAAUUGCUUAGUCCAAGAUCUGAUAGUGUGAUUUUGAUAUUCUUAUCGUGGGGAAGAAUGAGGUUCACGGGAAAGUUGGAAGGUAUGGCUAUUUACAUCAUGAAUCUUAUGUGCAUCUGGGGAUUUAGAAUUAGUGGAUGCAUCCUGAAGUGAAAAUUUUUUGAGUCUUUCCCCAGGCCAAGUUAUAGAUUACUUUAAGAUGUGUAGAUGGUGUGCAUUAUCUUUUUUUAAUUAUGGCUUAGAAGACAUCUUGCAUUUGGUGGACUGGAUUCAAAUUCAAAUCACUUGCUGUUGGGUUGGUUCUUCACCAUCUAUACUUCCAUCAAUUAUUUGACAGAAUUGGAAAUCUGCAAAUCUUUUCAGGGUCAACGAACAAGAAUUGAACAUAUUUUAGACAAAUGCUUAAGCCGUUUUUUAGUAUUUUAAAACUAUCUUGUUUAAGUUCUUUAUCUAUGUUGAUUGUGUGUUAAGGAAUUGCAUCAAGAUCAAAAUGGGUAUCGGCUUGUGAGAGUCCUAUUCAACUGGAUGAAAUUUGCCAAAAUAUAGAUUUAUUUUUUAUUGUUUGGUUUACUUAAGUGCCACUAGUUUGCAAGGAUUUAAUGGCUUCACUUCUUUAUGUGGAGUUUUGGAUAUUCAUUUAUUGCUUAGGAGAUUGUUAGCAUCAUAUCUAUGAUUGAUAACUCUGUAGUUACUUCUCACAUUUUCCCCACUUCAAUUCCCUCCCAGAAAAGAUUACCCAUAGUUAUUUCUAAAUCCUUCAAAUCAGUGUCGGUGAACGUAACUAGUAUAAUGGCACUGUGGGUUGUUUACUUCACCGCCUAUUAUACUGGAAUGCCCUCAAACAUCAAAUUUUUUAGGAAACACAUAAUUGAUUAUUACUUUUCUUUGCAAUAUCCUAAUUAUCUAUUGUUACUCUUAAAAAAUACAGUGAAGAUAUUGAACUGGGGGGAGGAUGGCAUUGCCACAGCUGCUGAAAUUGCUGCUCUCCGGGCAUCAUUUCAGCAAGAGGUUGCUGUUUGGCAUAAACUUGACCAUGCAAAUGUCACGAAGUUUGUUGGAGCUUCAAUGGGAACUUCCAAUCUUAAAAUUCCUCCCAAAAGUCCUACAGAUGGAAGUUAUGAUUCUGAUCCUUCCAGCGCAUGUUGCGUUGUUCUUGAGUACCUUCCUGGAGGAACGUUAAAGAAAUUUUUAAUCAGAAAUAGGAGAAAGAAACUUGCCUUUAAGGUUGUGAUUCAACUUGCUUUGGACCUUUCGAGGGGUUUGAGCUAUCUUCAUUCUAAAAAGAUUGUACAUCGUGAUGUUAAGACAGAAAAUAUGUUGUUAGAUGCUCAUAGAACUUUGAAAAUAGCUGAUUUUGGUGUUGCUCGAGUUGAAGCUCAGAACCCAAGGGACAUGACUGGGGAAACUGGUACUCUUGGAUACAUGGCCCCAGAGGUCCUUGACGGUAAGCCAUACAAUCGGAAAUGUGAUGUGUACAGCUUUGGUAUAUGCUUAUGGGAAAUUUAUUGCUGUGACAUGCCUUAUCCCGAUCUUAGUUUUGCUGAAGUUUCAUCUCAAGUUAUUCGACAGAAUUUACGCCCAGAGAUCCCUAGAUGUUGCCCAAAUUCAUUUGCAAGCAUCAUGCGUAAGUGUUGGGAUGCAAAUGCAGACAAACGUCCUGAGAUGGACGUUGUAGUGAGGCUGCUAGAAGCAAUAGACACGAGCAAAGGAGGAGGCAUGAUUCCUGAAGAUCAAUCCACUGGCUGUUUCUGUUUUAGUUCAGUUCGUGGACCAUGACUUCUUUUAACCUUCCAUUCCUGAUAUAUACUUGCGAAAUACUGAAGCAGUUCAUUGCCAGACUUCAGCUGGUCUUUGCAUAGCUAACUAAAGAUUCCAGCUUUGUUGGACACAGAAUUGAGAAUGCAGAGGAAUUUCUGGUCCUAGUCAAGUCUUGAAAUUUUAAGAUUUGGUUACUGUAAUCGUUAUUGCUGGACAAAAUUCAGGAAUUGGAAGAUUGGAAUUCCAUAUUUGUAUAACAUUCGUCAAACUGGUUUCAAACAUUCUAUUCAGAUAGUAGCCUUGAUAAUUCAUUAUAAGUUGAUAUAUAUGGUAGCUGAAAAUUGGGAGCUUUAUGUUGGUGGAACCAAAGUCAA